AGACGAGCGCGCUGACGUCAGGAGAGGGAACGCGGCGAUGGGAGCGACUCGCUCCGUGUGCGGUGGGAGGAGGGGACUGUGUGUGCGUGUAACACGUGGGGCGUGUGUGUGUGUAACUCGUGUGCGUGUGUGUAACACGCGUGUGUGUGUGUGUGUGCGGCGUGGGUGUGUGGAUAUAAGGCUCGGAGCCACAGAGCACUGAGCUCACACACGGAUCGCUGCUGCGAUUCGUUUACGCAGCAGCAACAAGCUCCGUCAACGUUUCCGUAAAAAAACUACACACCCAUCGUCAAACAUCAACAUUAUUCAUCGUCAAACAUUACUUACCCAGCAGUUAGGUGGUGGCUGUAAACAUUUGUCUCGACAAGACACGUUAUAACACCCUCGCUGUGGAUGAUGUAUCGCAGCAGCACGCGGUGCUAUGGAUAGAGGCGGCGGUCGUCAUACGUAGCGUGUCACGCACAGCUGUAGGCUUCGAAUACAAUUCAUUUGUAUCGCCAAUACGACAUUAGCAAGAAGAUUUGGUGAUUCCUGCGGGCAGACUUUAGCCAAAUUUCGCCUACUGCUGCUAAAGAAGAAGAAGACCGACACAUUCGUCACAUGCAGUCUACAUUGUGUACUGCAGCGACUCGCUAGUCGGACCUCUCGGCAAAAACCUCGUCGAAGACAUUUCUUGCUCGCGCUCCACGUGUAACCAUGGAGGCCCCGUUCUAUCACGACGACGUGAUCGGCCUUCACUCGUUCGGCCAAGUGAGCGCCUUCGCCAGCUACUCGAGCAAGAACGUCCUUCGGCAGAGCAAGGCGGCCGCACAGAUGUCUCCUCUGCAAGGAGUGCAGGCCACCGCGUCCGUGGGCCCACCGCUGCUGCCACCCUCGUCUUCGACGUCAUCUCUCGUGUCUGCAUCAUCAUCAUCAACAUCAUCGCCACCAUCGCCACCUCUUCCUCCACCGCCGCCGCCAGCGUUGUCAUCUGCUUCAUCUUCAUCAUCGUCGUCGUCGUCUUCUCCAGCCGAGUCGGCCAUGCUGAGGCUGUCGAGUUCUGACAUGGAGCGCUUCAUCAUCCACCACCACCACCAGCAGCAGCAGCAACAACAACAACAGCAGCACCACCACCAUCUCCACCAGGGCGGUGGCGGCCGCUCGGGACUGUCCACGCCGUUGUCAUCGGGCCUGCACGCCGGCACGGUCUCGGGCGCCUUCAGCCACGGCUGCAGCGCCGAGGAGGAGAAGGACAACUUCGCCAAUGGCUUCGUGCGCGCCCUCGAGGAGCUCCACAAGCAGAACAUCAGGCACAGCGUCUCCUCCUCGCUGCUCGUGGCUGGAGGAGUUCCCGGCGGCGUUGGAGGGCCGUGCGCCUCCCCCGCGCCUGCCGUCGUGAGCCACCUCCACUGUGCUCCCUACGAGGACCACCAGCAGCAGCAGCCCAGCUACGCGACGCUGCAGCACGGAGCGGCCGAUGGUCGCCAGGGGGCCUCCUCCGCAUGCUACGCCGACCUCGGCGGCUACGGCCCGCAGCUCGGGCUGGCCUCGGCGUCCACAGGCGGCGGCGGCGGCCUCCAGCAGGGCCUCUCGGGGACCUCCGCUGGAGGCCUCGAGUACGGAACGUCGGCCCUGUACGCGCACGCACAGAGCGUGGGCCACGCGACCUCCCUGCAGUACCUGCCCAGGUCCCAGCACCUGCUGCUGAAGGAGGAGGAGACCCUUCAGACUGUGCCCGACCUCAUGCAGGAGGGUGGACCUUCCAACGCCUCGUCAACAACAUCAUCCUCCUCCUCGGCGGCGGCGGUCGUGACCGGCCCCGUUGACCUCAUGGAGCGAGGGGCCACGGCGCCGGUGGACAUGGAGUCGCAGGAGAAGAUGAAGGUGGAGCGCAAGAGGCUGCGCAAUCGCAUCGCAGCGUCCAAGUGCCGCAAGAGGAAGCUGGAGCGCAUCGCCCGCCUGGAGGAGAAGGUGGCCGCGCUCAAGGCCAACAACGCGCAGCUCGCGGGCACGGCGGGGACUCUCAGAGAACAGGUGGACAAGCUGAAACAGAGGGUCCUCAAUCACCUGGGCAGAGGCUGCCGCUUGGCCAUUGGGGCCACCCAGGGCACGGCUCUGCAGGCCUUCUGAUGGCCGCAGGUGUUUGAUGGAGAGGGGUCACGCGAUUCACCGAGCCAACGAGUCGGCAAGGGCAGGCAAUGGGGCAGCGACAGUGGUGGCAGCUGCAGCAGCUGUGGGUCGGCAGCGACCCGCAGCAGCAGCUGCUGCUGCGUCCACGAGAAGGAGAAAAAAGACGGGAGAGAGUUGUUGAUGGUGUGGGGGGGGGGUGUUUUUUUCCCCCAUGAAGGGUUGUGGAGCUCGUGGAGAUGAUGAUGAUGCGUCGAGAGGGGCUUGCGUGGACUGAGCUCCUCGUGUUCACGGCGGAGGGCGUGAGACGAGUGGCGCGCGUGUGCGUUUGGCAAAUGUCGCGGCAAGCGAGUUGCAAGGGCAAUGCGCGUGGAUCAUUCUUCUCGAGACGGGAAUACUGGCUGUGAUCAUAAUAAUAUGCAGCGCUGUCGAUCGAGAUUUUUUUCCCAAAGUUCAGCGUGCCCACUUACGAUUUGAAAUAUAAAAUAUCUCGUAAUAUCUCAAGUUUUAAUUGAGUGGUACGUUAGCAGGAUACGGUGUCGAAAAACGCAGUGGAUAUGAUGGUACAUGCCACUGUAGUACCGUACUACAUGAGUACUGCAUUACUGUGAUAGUACUGUGACAGUACAUACCACUGCAGCACUCUACGACUAAAAUACGAAAGCAUGGUCGGAAAUUGAAAUAAUGAGAUUGUAAUGUUUACGCGCUAAAGAAAAUUGUGCGAUUGAAUAUUUGCGACCGCAGAUUGAAUGUAAAGAUGUUUAGAAGGAGGCAUUUCUCUUGAGAUGACCUAUAUUUAUGUGUUUAUAGAUCUUUCCCUUAAAGGGACCGGCAACUGUCGGAGCUUUCAGUGGUGGUCUGAAUUUGAUAGUUUCGGUGGAGUCACCGAAAAGGAGGUUGGGGCGGGGGGCUUCAGUUUUCACAAGGGAAGUGGCAACGUGGAAACAAGCCGGUUUCAAAACAACUCUUAAGGCCUGCGAGUGAGUGAGCUUUAAUUGUGGAGGCAUUUUGGCUUUGCAAAAAAAGCCGUGAGUCACCACCACUCUGCCUUUGAUGAGAAAGCCUUUAAGCCCCCAGGGGGGUGCGUGGGUGGUGGUUGUGGAUGACGUAUUCAACCACCACUGCCAACAACAACUACCCACCACAAUUUUUUUUUAUUAAACUCCUACCCUCGGCAAACCCGCGGGGCUGAAACGUUCCUAGGCCAGAGUUGGGGGGCCCUGAUGAUUCAUGCGGCUUGCAGUGUUACACGUGGGGGCCUUUUGUAAUACAAUAGACAAUAUAUGGGUCUCAGAAGGGGAGGGGAUUUGAAAGUGCCUUGUACAGGCUGAAUGUUGUAAGCGGUGCCAUGUGUGUGUGUAGCUGCUGGCUGGGUGGCCAACCAAUACACACGCACACAUGCAUAUGUUCGAAUUCAGGCUGUGGUUGACUUUACGACCCAUCCCUCCGUGGGCGGGUUCGGUGAGGGGGGUUAAAGUGGAUUAGUAAAAUUCGUAACCAUGUAAUGAGACGUGAACUGGUUUUAUAGAUUGACUGGGCCCCCCCCCCCCCCCAGAUGAUUGUGGGCACGAGCACCAGCAAUGGUGAUGGGCACUGCCCAGUACUCGUUUUAUUUGAAACACUUUGCCUUUGACUAUACAGUACUGUGUGUGUGUAGUUGUAUAAGCUGUCAUAUACAUGGUCCUAUAUUUGUGAUUGGCUCCUGCCAUAUGAACGUGGAGUUUCCACUACUGGCUCGGUGGAGGGGGCGGGGGGGAUCCAGCAGUAGAACAGAGCGUCUCGCCACGGGCGCUCUCUCUCUCCUUGAGCCGCCGGAAGCCACCGCCACCGUUUUUUGUCUUCAAUUUGACGAUGAGCGGAGCGUGGAGUUAAAGGUGCCCCAACGCGCGUUCAAGCUCAGCGGCGGAUCCCUCCGGUCAAUGAAUCGCCGACAGCUGUGUUUUCAAAUCUCAACAGUGUUCACCAAAAUGUUUGGUGAUGGUGGUGGUGGUGGUUAUUUUUUCUGUGUUGCUAUGCCCGCUUGCUGUACGGUAAGAAAGGGCCAACACUCAGUACGCAAGCCAAACCCUAGUUAGCAGCACCAUGGCAACUCGAACAAGAUGUUCGGUAAUGGAUGGUCUGUCAAAGGUCCUAUUAUAAUUUUACUACUGUGAAGUGUAAAUCUGACUUCAAAAUCCAUAUCGACAAUUUUUUUCGAAGUCAAAUGUGAGUCAUGAAUUGCCCAAUCGGUCACACACCAAACACACACACACACGCGCGCGUGUAAAAUGCAAUUGCGUAGCUGCUAUAGAUCUGUGUUUGUGUUUUAAAGGCACCCGGCACACACAGAUUAACUGAUGCUCUGACAUUCGUUUAAGCACGGUGUAAUUCACAAGCAGACAUUCCACGUGGUCGAGCGAUUGUUACUAUGGUUACACCGACUGACUCACAUUGGGAAAGUAAAAGAAAACCUAUAUUGGGGCGUCAAUUCAACCCAUAAUCACCCCCAGGGAUUGGGGGGUAAUACAUUUGGUACUACUUUAUGGUACUGUUCAGGGCGCCACGGUGGCGAGAUGUUAACUUCCUCGCCUGGCAUACAGGAGGUUCGUGGGUUCGAUCCCGACCCUGACGUCUGCUGUAUAUGUGGAAUUGACAUGUUCUCCCCGUGGGCGCGUGUUUUCUUCUCGGGGAUUUCCGGGUGUUCCCUCCACAUUUAGAAUGUUGCGUUUAGGGUAUAUGGCUGCUAUACAUUUCCACGUGAUAAAACACUUCAUUGGGCUAUAAUUUGUGGCCCGGUCGCUAUGGAAAAAGAGCUAUAUAGCUCAUUGGGCCUUACCUGGUAAAAAUUAAAAAAAAUAGUUUAAUUUUAAUGCGGAAUUUCCACCACUGUUAAUAGGCCACUCCGUUGCACGCCUGAACAGGGUGACCCUCUGAAUUCGAGACAGAUCCAAAUUUCAAGAUGACGUUUCACAAUUUCCAAAAUUUUCCGCACCACGUGACACGAUGUUCUGCUUGCAAUUUACAAAUCGUUCUGAGUACGUAAGUGGUUUAUCUAGAUGAAGUGGUGUCUUUAAUAGUGAGGUUUGCUCUCAAUAUCUGGAAUGGCCUUUUUUUAUUAUCAAACUUGGCCUGGCAUGGUAUAAUUGGAUUGCGGAAUGGCCCUUGGAGGAGCGUUUUUUUAUAUAGUCCGAAUCCAUUUGUGGUGUUCCAUGCCAGGUUUAGAUUUAUCAAUGACCAACUCUGCGGUGUUAAACUCGGCGGUUGGUCAAACUAACUUGGAGUCCAUCAUACGGACUAAUGUGAAACAUGUUGCAUCUUACACAUUGUACUGUAUUCAUUUUAUCACUUUUUUAUAUCUUCAAUAGAUGUAUCAUUUCCUGCUUAUAUUUUGUGGUCUUUGAAACAAAAGAGAUACUUUGACAUGUAUUAACGUUUACCGGCUUUAUGUGAAUAUUUUUCAAUCGAUUUUUAAUUUAGUUUUUAAUGAAAAAUGCAAAUACAUGGAAAACGUACUGUCAUGCUAAAAGUGCUAAUGGCUACAAUGCUUUGGUUAAGUACUUUAGACUUUGACAGCCAGGCAUAACGGAGUAUGGUUUCCUUUAUUCGUGCGAGUCUAUAUAUUACAUGGACCUGUAAUAUAAGGAUUUACGAUGGUGGCGCUUGGGAUCUCUUGAGACCCCAUUGGUUGAUGUGACCACUCCACGCGUGUUGUGAGCGCUUCCGGUUGAUGUUUGAUGUCGCAGACAAGAAGGAUGGUGUGCGUCUCGACAAAGUGGGGACUCUUGAACGUCAAUCCAUCAUCAUCAUCACCACCAUCAUCAUCUCUGGGGUAGAUAAAAUAAGCUCCAACCUUCGCGAGAAUGUCUGGUAAUUGGUACAAGUCAGCGGUGGUGGUGUCACUGAUGGACUGGCACCUGCCAUGACAAUGUAGAGUUGUAAAAAUGGGCUUACAUUUCUCCCAGUUGCUGGAUAGAGCCUUGUCCUCAGUGCCCUUUUUUGCAACUAAUUGGUAAUUUAUGGAACAAAUUAAAUGAUACUGUAUAUAGGAUUUUAAUUGAAAGAAAUAUUUAUAUAUUUUGAUCUCUCAGUUUAGAUACUACCACAGUACAAUAUAUAGCACUUGUCCAACUAAGCCUAUAAUCACCAUCGUCUUCACCAUCAUCUCAUCGGGGUGGCUGAUAUGAGUACGACCUGGCGUUGACCACGCCACGUGUGCACAGGAAGUCAACAGCGAGAGAUGUCUUGAUUUAUUUACAGACUAACCCUGCCACGGUAAUGUGGAAUUUAUUAAUCACUGCUGUCGAACGGUGACGCACGACCACAUUAUUAUGCUACUUUUUUGUGUUUAGCUGCUACUGUUACAUAAAUGAUAAUUACGUACCUUAAGUGAAAAAAACUUUAUUUUCUGUUACCUGAUGUGCCAGUUGUGUUUUUUGUAUUUUCUGCCAAAGAGGCAUUCUAGCACUGUGUAUUUAGAAAUGGGCAUUUGUUACACGUAACGCGGUCUACAUAUUGAAAGCUAUACAUCGUGGCGAGUGUGGCUUACAUACGAUUGAAAAUAAAUAAAUGUUGCAAACGAGUCUAGGA